UUAGAUGCAAAUAGUUGAUAACACAUAAAGUAACACAAUUAGAGAAAAAUUAGGAGAAUGUCUUCCGAAAAUAGUGAAACUCCUUUAACCAUUGAAUUUGGGGGUGGGGCGGAACUUCUUUUCGAUAAAAAGAAAAAAUAUGAAGUGAACUUACCUGGGAACGACUGGACGAUACAGAAGCUUCUCUUUUGGAUAAAAGAUAACCUCUUGAAAGAGCGACCGGAACUUUUUCUGCAAGGGGAGACUGUGCGACCAGGUAUCUUGGUUCUUGUAAAUGACACAGAUUGGGAAUUGUUGGGAGAGGUGAAUUACAAGCUGUGCUCCGGUGACACGGUACUCUUCAUAUCCACUUUGCAUGGCGGAUAAAAGGAGCAGAAGAUUGCGAUGGCGGCGGUCAACGACGAGGAAUCACAGCGUGAUUUUUCUCGGUUCUUUCGGGGAAAGUAAAAGUCCCCGUGCUUUCGUAUCAAAGUAAGGGGGUCACGUGUAAGCGUGAACACAAUGUCGGAGAAUAAAAUGCUCAU